GCAGUUCUCACCUGGCCGCCUGAAAUAUCGUAAUGGUGGAGAUGACUUUCAAGGUCACCGUCGCGCUAACCAUCGGCCUCGCCCUGGUCGAUCGAUCAAUCGCCGGCGUGAUACCGCUCGACAGCAGCGUACUCCACGAUCAUCACGGCUCGGUGGCCAGUUCCUACAUGCACUUCCACGGACCGGUGCAGGGUCCGGAGUACGAGGUGAAAGUGCCGCACGUCGUGGUGGACCACUUCAGCGAGCACAACUACCUGCACGGCCAGGAUCACGAGCAUCGCCAUCACGAUGGUUACACGGUCGACUACGUAGGGAAUCCGAAGUAUGAAUUCUCGUACGGCGUCGAGGACCAUCACACCGGGGACUUUCACGGCCAGAAGGAGACCAGGCACGGGAGUAGUGUGGCCGGAGAGUACAGCGUUAAGGAUCCAGGUGGCACCCUUCGGGUCGUCAGUUAUCACGCGGACAAGGAAGGAUUUCAUGCGGUGGUGCACACUUCCGGGAAAAAUGAUCAUUCGGGCGGGGUCUACGGCGGUCAGGGUCACGACGCGGAGACUCACGAUCACCUGCACGACUACGCCGCCGCGCUAUCCGCACACACGGGAUACUGAAGUGCACGGCGGCUGAAGUCGUGGCAGUCUGUGACUGAUCGCUAUGUACCUGGCACGAUUAGGUUUUCCUCCCUGAAUCGUCAACGUUGAUGUUUUUAUUUUGCAUACCAAAGGCAACAACGUGCUAUCCGUCCUCCGUUAUAGGGAUUACGUACUGUAUGUCAUUGUAAAUAUAGUUUAUCCCCUUCAAUAAACGAUAUACAGCUUGA